AUGGUCACGUCCAACGCGACCUACUCAACCCGCAACCCCAUCACGUCAUAUAACCAGACCAUAACUCCCAUUGACACCGCAUGGCCUCCGACCAAGACCCAUCCCGGCCAGCCCAAAGACUGUGACAAAUGGUAUCUGGUUGCGCCAGGAGACACCUGCAGAUCAAUUUACCAGCGCCACGGCAACAGCAUUACCAUGGACGAGUUACUGGAAUGGAACCCUGACCUUAAAGCAGACUGCGACUACCCCAUCGCCGGCUACUGGGUGUGCGUGGGUAUCAAACGCCCCGCUCUAACCAUAAUCUAUCCCACCACCAACGACACAGUCCCCGAUCCCACUCCCUGGACGCCGCGUCCCACUCCAACGGAGACAUCCGUCUACCCACCCACCAAAACCCAGCCCGGUCUCGCCCCAAGCUGCUCUGCCUUUUACGAAGCUCAGCCUUCCGACACCUGCGACCAAAUCCUCGCCAGCAACCCCAUGCUGAAAUUCCCUCUCCUGUUGGAAUGGAACCCGGCCCUGAAAGCAGACUGCUCCGGUAUCCUACCAGGCUACUCCUACUGCAUCGCAGCCUACAACGACACCAACCGCCCCGCCCCGCCCACCGUCACUAAUCAGCCCUAUCCGCUAAAGCCAGGCACAGCCAAGAACUGCACGGCCUGGUACAAGAAGGAUGAUGGUGAUACGUGCGACUUGAUCGUGGAGAUGUUUGGCACGUUCGAUAAGGCACAGUUCGUGGCGUGGAAUCCUGAUAUCGGUGUUCAAUGCUAUGGUUUGGAGAACGGUUACUACUACUGCGUCGCCGACCCCAGCACUCCCAAGACCCGGACAAGGCCCGUAAUUACUGCCAUGACCUUCCCCACGGCCCGUCCGCGUCGUCAAUCGGGAGUUACUAAGGACUGUAAUAAAUGGUGGCUUGUGUCGAUUCACGACGACUGCUACGACAUCAUGCACUUCAACGGCAUCACCAUGGCAGAUCUGUAUACCUGGAAUCCGGCUCUCUCGGGGAAGAGAAACUGUCUUGAGGGAUUGGUUCCUGAUACGGAGGUUUGUGUGGGAGUGAUGUCGUCGUCGUCGUCUGCUACUACUACUCCUUCGAGUACUGUUCCCGAUGCUUCUUUUAGGACUGGGAUGGUUACAGUUGUGGGGGGAAGAAAUUAA